AUGCGCCCGCCCACGGGGCCAGCUCCGGCGACGGUGCUACGCCUUGCUGCGAAGAAUCGACCCGGAGCCUGCAGCUGCCGCUUCGAUGCCUUGCGGCGCAGUCCGCUCGCUCAGGCCCGCGCAAUCUCCAGGCUACAAAGACCGGCGCACGCCCGCUCGUCGCCCACGCUCUUCUUCGGUCGCCAAACCCGCGCCAUCUUCUCGGGCAAGCCGCUACCGCAAGCCAACUCCUGGAUUCUCAACUUCUGCUAUAGGGCUGCCGCCUGGGUCGGCAUAUCCAUUACCGUCGUCGGCGUCGGCGUUCUUGGCUUCUUCCUCUACGACGCGAGCACCUAUAAGGAGCAUGCCACCCAGAGCGACAUCGAUGUCUCCCAGCUGGCCCUUCAGCCGCGCCGCGGCGGACCCAAGAACCUACCCAUUGCCGAGGUUUUCAUCGACGACGACGAUUGCGACGAGAAGAAGCGCACCAAGGACAAGCCCAAGCUCGUCGUGCUCGGUGGCGGCUGGGGCGGUGUUGCCCUUCUCAAGGAGCUGAACCCCGACGACUAUCAUGUCACCGUCAUAUCGCCCGCCAACUACUUCCUCUUCACACCAAUGCUGCCCUCGGCUACGGUAGGAACGCUCGAGCUUCGGUCUCUUGUCGAACCCAUUCGCCGCAUUCUGAGUCGCGUCCACGGCCACUUUGUUCGCGCCAAGGCAGAAGACAUCAGCUUCUCCGACAAGCUCGUUGAGGUCUCCCAGUUAGAUCCGCAGGGCAAGGAAGUGCGCUUCUACGUGCCCUACGACAAACUUGUAAUUGCCGUCGGUUCAGUCACAAACCCUCACGGGGUCAAGGGGCUCGAGAACGCCUUUUUCCUCAAGGACAUCGAUGACGCCCGCAAGAUCCGCAACAAAGUCAUACACAAUCUCGAGCUUGCAUGCCUCCCAACGACGCCCGACGAUGAACGUCGGCGUCUCCUUUCAUUUGUCAUCAGCGGCGGUGGUCCUACGGGCGUUGAGUUUGCCGCCGAGUUGUUUGACUUGCUCAACGAAGACCUGACCCGCCACUUCCCGCGCUUGCUGAGAAAUGAGAUUUCUGUUCACCUCAUUCAGAGUCGCAGUCACAUCCUCAACACGUAUGACGAGACCGUGUCCAAGUACGCUGAGGAGCGCUUCGCUCGUGAUCAGGUUGGGGUCCUCACCAACUCGAGGGUGAAGGAGGUGCAGCCUGAUAAGAUCAUUUUCACGCAAAAGCAAGAGGACGGUAGCCUCGUCACCAAGGAGCUUCCAAUCGGCUUCUGCCUGUGGUCCACUGGUGUCUCGCCCACUGCUCUCAGCCAGAAGUUGUCGCAGAAGCUGGGAGACUUUCAAACGAAUCGCCACGCCCUCGAAACAGACACCCACUUGCGCCUCAAUGGCACGCCUCUUGGCGAUGUCUACGCCAUUGGAGAUUGCUCCACAGUUCAGAACAAUGUCGCCGAUCACAUCAUCACCUUCUUACGAGCUCUUGCUUGGAAGCGAGGCAAAGACCCCGAGACUCUGCAGCUGCACUUUAGUGACUGGCGUCAGGUCGCUCAAGACGUCAAGAAGCGGUUUCCUCAGGCGGUCAACCAUUUGAAGCGCCUGGACAAGCUCUUUGCCGAGUUCGACAAGGAUCAGUCUGGCACGCUCGACUUUGGCGAGCUGCGCGAGCUGCUGAAGCAGAUCGACAGCAAGCUGACGUCCCUGCCGGCCACGGCUCAGCGCGCCCAUCAGCAAGGGCAUUACUUGGCGCAAAAGUUCAACAAGCUGGCCCGCCUGUCGGAAGGCUUGUCCGCCAACGACAUCCGUGAGGGUGACGUGGACGCGGCUGUGUACAAGGCCUUCGAGUAUCAUCAUCUCGGCAGCCUAGCAUACAUUGGAAACUCUGCGGUGUUCGACCUUGGCGAGGGAUGGAGCGUGGCUGGUGGCCUUUGGGCAGUCUAUGCCUGGCGGUCCGUGUACUUUGCGCAGAGCGUGAGCUUCCGGACCCGAUCGCUGAUGGCCAUGGAUUGGGCCAAGAGAGGCCUGUUUGGACGAGACUUGAUGAGCUUCUGA